UUGUCUUGAAUGUUAUAACUGAUGCUCUGGCCUCCAGAAGCGUCACAGAAUGGUUGCAAGAGGAAGAGAUAAGAGGGUCCUAUGGAGAAUGUGGUCAGAAAUCCAUAGUAGAGUCCGACCACAACAACCAAGUUUCAUUUCCCCUCGAAGGGCUAAUGGAAAUCUCAUCGCGUUUAUGCAGACUUUUGGGAGGUGGACUGGUUUCAGUACAAGAAAAUAGUACUUUGGUUGAUUUAAUUCUGCAGGUACUGUCUGCUACACAAAAGAUAUCACAGAAACUACGAAAAAUGUACCAGCCACAUUUCACCAUCAGUAUCGAUGGAUUAUUCCAACUCUUUGAGGCUGUUACUAACUGCCAUUCUCCUCAAGUCGAAGCUAUUGCAGAGCGUGGGCUUGAUACUAUAUUAACGAGCACCCCGUCGUUUGAACUUUUAUGCAUGGACGUAGACAAGCUGAGAAGGUUUCUAUUGUGGGGAACCUCUACAGCCUUGAAGAGUGACCUUAGAAAGGGAUCUAUACCAAGUGAGUCUCAAGAGGAGAGUAUGGUAGCAAAGUUUCUCCGUUGGCUGUGUGCUUCUGUGAUUCUUGGGAAGCUUUAUUCUGAGGCUAGUAAUUCGGACCCGACAGUCUUGAGUAAAACAAAGCCAGAAAAUUUGUUAACAUUGUUAGAAUACUUUAAGACGAGGAAUCUCGAAGGUAGCGAGACAGAGUCCGAGCACAUAAUAGGGGAAGUAAUCGUACACCUCCAACAGCUUUUGUCUACAAACUACAGUGUUCUUUCUUCUGUUGUAUGUGCACUUUCUUCCAUGCGUCUUCGUAAUGGCCUUGAAAAUGCAGGUUCAGAGUCUGAUGGCGAUGACAAGCUCAUCAAAUCUCUUUGUUCUAGAAUAAGCAGUCCUCCCGAGGCUACACCAGACUGGAGAUGGUCUUAUCAUCAAGCAUGGAAGGAUCCUUCAUCUGAACCGGCCACAGAUCUGCAAAAGAUCGAUGAAUGUCAUGCAUGCCAACACCUUCUGCUGAUGUUCACUGAUAUGCUUAGAGUAAAGCCAGGGGAAUCUCAAAAGGUGUCGCUUCAUAAAAGUUUUGACAUGGCUAGUGUAUUUGAUUGGGAAAGAGGUUUAGUCGAGACCUAGUUAUUCUGUUCUAUCAAAAAUCAACCAGUUUUGCUUUAUCAAUUAUCAGUGACAUAAGUUAUUGAUUGACACGUGUGAACAAUUGUCAAGUUUUGUUGCCUAGUAUCAAUGAUAAAAGCUCCCAGCUAAUUUUCUCCUA